UACUGCCAGAUUGCCAAGACGUGUCCCAUCCAGAUCAAAGUGAUGACCCCGCCACCUCAGGGAGCCGUCAUCAGGGCUAUGCCAGUCUACAAGAAAGCUGAACAUGUCACCGAAGUGGUCAAACGCUGCCCGAACCAUGAGCUGAGCCGGGACUGGUUCAGUGAUGGAAUUGCACCUCCCAGCCACCUGAUCAGGGUGGAAGGGAACAGCCAUGCCCAGUAUGUAGAAGACCCCAUCACCGGGAGGCAGAGCGUGUUGGUCCCCUAUGAGCCACCCCAGGUUGGUACAGAGUUCACGACAGUCUUGUACAACUUCAUGUGUAACAGUAGCUGCGUGGGAGGAAUGAACCGUCGCCCAAUCCUCAUCAUUGUGACACUGGAAACCAGAGAUGGGCAAGUCUUGGGCCGCCGAUGUUUUGAAGCCCGCAUUUGCGCUUGCCCAGGCAGAGAUCGCAAAGCAGACGAGGACAGCAUCCGCAAGCAGCAAGUCUCUGACAGCACAAAGAAUGGUGAUGCUUUUCGACAAGGAACUCAUGGCAUACAGAUGACAUCUAUCAAAAAAAGACGUUCCCCAGAUGAUGAGCUCUUAUACUUGCCGGUGAGGGGACGGGAGACAUAUGAAAUGCUACUAAAGAUCAAAGAGUCCCUGGAGCUUAUGCAGUACCUUCCCCAGCACACGAUUGAGACCUACCGGCAGCAGCAGCAGCAGCAGCACCAGCACUUGCUCCAGAAGCAGACCUCCAUGCAGUCGCAGUCAUCCUACGGCUCCAACUCUCCACCACUCAGCAAAAUGAACAGCAUGAACAAGCUGCCCUCAGUCAGCCAGUUAAUUAACCCUCAGCAGCGCAAUGCCCUGACCCCAACCACCAUCCCUGACGGCAUGGGAACCAACAUUCCCAUGAUGGGCACCCACAUGGCCAUGACCGGCGACAUGAAUGGCCUCAGCCCCACGCAGGCGCUGCCUCCUCCCCUCUCCAUGCCUUCAACGUCCCACUGCACCCCCCCUCCUCCAUACCCUACAGACUGCAGCAUCGUCAGCUUCUUAGCGAGGUUGGGCUGCUCAUCCUGUGUGGAUUAUUUCACGACCCAGGGGCUGACCACCAUCUAUCAGAUUGAGCAUUACUCCAUGGAUGAUCUGGUGAGCCUCAAGAUCCCGGAGCAGUUCCGCCAUGCCAUCUGGAAGGGCAUCCUGGACCACCGGCAGCUCCAUGACUUCUCCUCCCCUCCCCACCUCCUGCGCACCCCCAGCGGCGCCUCCACCGUCAGCGUGGGCUCCAGCGAAACCCGGGGGGAGCGGGUCAUUGACGCAGUCCGCUUCACGCUCCGGCAGACCAUUUCCUUCCCGCCCCGCGACGAGUGGAACGACUUCAACUUCGACAUGGAUGCCCGGCGCAACAAACAGCAACGCAUCAAGGAGGAAGGGGAGUGAGCUCUGCAGACCCCGCUCCACCCCGCCUCGGCCACAAACUGCUCAGCCCUUCAUUUGUCUUCCUUCUGCUUGGUACUGCACCCCUGGACGAAGGGCAGAGGGAGUCUUCUUGCUCACUCCUGCUAGUUAUGCUCUUGAUGCUGUCUAGGUCAUGCUCCUGGACCGCGACUUCCACCCCCAGCUCUUGCAAGAGGGAGAGCUGAGCGAAGGGGGAAGGCGGGUGGUAUUCCCUUGAAAGCCGUUGACCUUCUCGAGAAGGUGUCGUUCUUGUUUCGUGUUUUUCUUUGGGGGGAGGGCUUCUUUUCUUGACUUUUGAAUCCUCAUACACCUUGUGGGUGUCCUGACCUGCAAAUUUGUCUCUCUCAUCCAGCGAUCCCACUUUGAAAAGCAGGAAGGUUAAAAUUAAAUUUUUUAAAAGCCAAAAAAACCCC